AUGUGUAUGAUCAAGUUUGAAGAUGGCGUAAUCGGAACUCCCCAGCUGACGGACUCCAUAGUGUUACCAGAGAAUGUGGAAUUUCUGGGACAAAAAUUUGAUCUCAAUCCUAUUAAAGGCUUGCUCACCACUGUCCAAGACACGGCUUCCUCGGUUGCCAAGUCGAUUUUGAGCAGACCAUCGUUGAAGUUCUCGUUAGCAUAUAACAAUGCAGAAUCAUGGUUACUUACGACAUACCUUGAUGAAGAUGUGCGAAUUUCGAGAGGAGGUAGUGGGAGCGUUUUCGUGCUCAUCAAGGAAGGCUGUUCUCUGUUGAACUAA